UUGCACCUCCUCUUCCACUAAGAUAACUGGAUUUUCGCCCCGCGCUUCGCAUUAACCCCAUCCCGGGGUCUUCUUUUCGCUUCAGCUGUGUUUGUUUUAAUAUUGGGGAAUACAUUUGGAGGACGGAAUAUUUCAGAAAACAUCGAGACGGAGGAUUGUCUUGACGGAUUUUUUUUCUUUCUUUUUUUUUUUUUUUUUUUUUUUUGUUUGUUUUGUAUUUUUUGGUGAAUUUAUCAGCCAACGUGGCUCCAUGGCAUUUUCCGCCUUUGCGACUGAGGAUGCAAUGAAAAAGGGUGAAAAGCCCUGAGCAAGUUAUCCAGUUACUCGCCAGAGAAAGUUGGCAUCAAGAUGAAGAUUAAAGCAUCCAUUCCAGCCCAUGUAAAGCAGUACAAACACUAAGUGGCACCUAGAAGGACUGUUCUAUUAUUGCAUAAACCAAAAAGUGUGUGCCCUGGGGAUAUCUGCAUCUCUGACACGUUAAGCCAUGGCAGAGAGGACCUUUGAACAGUUCAAACUGUUUUGGCGGGAUCAGUGACAGGUUUGGCCAGUGGCCUGGACAACAUGAAGUAAUGGUGUUUGCUCCAGGAAAUAAGUGUUGGCUAAACCCACUGAUAAGGAAAUCUGUGACAGCAUUUAAUCCCUUUUCUUACAAUGCAUCAGUUCACAGUUGUAUGUCCAAGUAGACAGUCAAGUGUCACAGUCAACAAAAUAUACAUUUUACAUAAUCCAAAAAAUAUAUAAAUAAAUUCAGACCUUGUAAAUCCUACCAACAAUCAUCAGGAUUUGUAAUCACACAAUGGUUGUUCAAAAGCCACACAGUGCCCAUAUCAUAUGGGUUGGGCUGCUCAUUUGUUGCUUUGUAGAAAUAAGCACUUGUCUAGAAUUUACAGGUGCUGAGGGACAGUGGGCUAGGUUUCCAGUGUGGAAUGCAUGUUGCGAAAGUGAAAUGAGCUUUAACAUGAAAACAAAGAGUUCCCAUGGGCUGUUAGUUUACUUCGAUGAUGAAGGAUUUUGUGACUUUUUAGAACUUUUCAUCCUGAAUGGCAAACUCCACCUUCGUUUCUCAAUCUUCUGUGCUGAUCCUGCAACUGUCGUAGCUGACACGGCGGUCAACGACAGCCAAUGGCACACGGUCACGAUAAGGAGAAACUUUAAGAACACAACCCUAACGGUGGACAAUGAGAUAAAGUGGGUGGAGGUGAAGUCGAAAAGACGAGACAUGACUGUCUUCAGCCAUUUGUUUGUUGGCGGAAUACCACCAGAGUUACAGUCCGUGGCGUUGCGCCUGACAUCAGCUGCAGUCAAAGAUCAGCUGCCUUUCACUGGAUGGAUAACCGAUGUAAAGGUCAACAACACGGAGUCUGUGCUGAUCAACAGUGACGGGGUUCUAAUGGACCUCUGUGGUAUGGCCAACAUGUGCUUAAAUGGAGGAGUCUGCAGUUUGAUUAACAAUGAACCAGCAUGUGACUGCUCCCGCACAGGCUUCCAAGGAAGGGACUGCAGUGAAGAAGACAACCAUACCGAAGGUCUGGCACACCUGAUGAUGGGCGACCAAGGGCAGAGAGGGGAAGCUUGGCUUCUAAGGUCCCUACUGAGCAUACAAGGAAAAGAAGAGUAUGUCGCAACCUUCAAAGGAUCUGAGUUCUUCUGCUACGACUUGUCCUUGAACCCGAUUCAAAGCAGCAGUGAUGAAAUCACAUUGUCAUUCAAAACCCUACAGAGGAAUGGACUGAUGCUGCACACGGGCAAAUCAGCUGAUUACGUCAACCUGGCACUGAAAAAUGGGGCUGUUUCACUCGUCAUUAAUUUGGGGUCUGGAGCCUUUGAAGCUCUUGUGGAGCCAGUCAAUGGGAAAUUUAAUGACAAUGAUUGGCAUGAUGUCAAAGUAACAAGGAAUCUACGUCAGCACUCAGGCAUUGGACACGCUAUGGUAACGAUAUCCGUAGAUGGAAUUCUGACCACCACAGGAUAUACACAAGAAGACUACACCAUGCUCGGCUCUGAUGACUUUUUCUAUGUUGGUGGAAGCCCUAGUACAGCUGACCUGCCUGGAUCUCCAGUUAGCAACAACUUCAUGGGUUGCCUUAAGGAGGUUGUGUACAAAAACAACGAUGUGAGACUCGAGUUGUCCAGACUGGCUAAGCAGGGUGAUCCCAAGAUGAAGAUCCAUGGUACCGUGGCCUUCAAGUGUGAGAAUGUGGCCACGCUGGACCCCAUCACUUUUGAGACUCCUGAAUCUUUUAUCAUUCUCAACAAGUGGAAUGCCAAGAAGACGGGAUCCAUCUCUUUUGAUUUCCGCACCACAGAGCCCAACGGCCUUCUCUUAUUCAGUCAUGGCAAGCCUAAGCAGCAGCCAAAGGAUUCUAAGAGCCCCCAAACUUUUAAAGUGGACUUUUUUGCCAUUGAGAUGCUGGAUGGCCAUCUGUACUUGCUCCUAGACAUGGGCUCGGGAACCACAAAGACAAAGGCAGUGAAUAAGAAGGUUAAUGAUGGCGAGUGGUACCAUGUGGACUUCCAGCGAGAUGGAAGAUCAGGUACCAUCUCUAUCAAUACUCUGCGUACUGCCUACACAGCCCCUGGGGAAAGUGAGAUCCUGGACUUGGAUGACAAUCUUUACCUUGGUGGUCUGCCAGAGAACAAAAUAGGGCUUGUGUUCCCCACUGAGGUGUGGACAGCACUGCUCAACUAUGGCUACGUGGGCUGCAUUCGAGAUUUAUUCAUUGAUGGACAGAGUAAGGAUGUCCGACGCCUGGCAGAGGUCCAGAAAGCUGCUGGGGUCAAACCCUCAUGCUCUAAAGAGCUUCCCAAACAGUGCUUGAGCAACCCCUGCCAAAACAACGGGAUCUGCAGAGAGGGUUGGAACCGUUAUGUUUGUGACUGCUCUGGGACUGGAUACCUGGGACGUUCCUGCGAAAGAGAGGCAACAAUCCUCAGCUAUGAUGGCAGUAAGUUCAUGAAGGUCCAGCUUCCAGUGGUGAUGCACACAGAAGCUGAGGAUGUGUCUCUUAGAUUCCGCUCCCAGCGAGCUUAUGGGAUCCUAAUAGCCACCACAUCUCGGGAUUCUGCUGACACCCUGCGUCUAGAGCUGGAGGGGGGUCGGGUCCGCCUGACAGUCAAUUUAGAUUGUAUCAGGAUUAACUGUACAUCCAGCAAAGGUCCAGAGACCAUUUUUGCGGGUCAGAACCUAAACGAUAAUGAGUGGCACACUGUACGUGUGUUCAGGAGAGGCAAGAGUUUGAAACUGACCGUAGAUGAUCUUACACCUGUGGAAGGUCAAAUGGCAGGUGAUCACACCCAGCUGGAGUUCCAUAACAUUGAGACGGGCAUUUUGACAGAGAAACGCUUCAUGUCCAUGGUGCCUUCCAACUUCAUUGGCCACCUCCAGAGCCUCUCCUUCAAUGGCAUGGCCUACAUAGACCUCUGUAAAAAUGGUGACAUUGAUUACUGUGAGCUCAAUGCCAUGAUUGGCUUCAAGAACAUCAUUGCUGACCCCGUCACCUUCAAGUCACGCUCCAGUUAUGUGACUCUCACUACUCUGCAGGCCUACUACUCCAUGCACCUUUUCUUUCAGUUUAAAACCACCUCCCCUGAUGGCCUCAUCCUGUAUAACAGCGGGGAUGGAAAUGACUUCAUUGUGGUGGAGUUGGUCAAAGGUUACCUUCACUAUGUGUCAGACCUGGGGAAUGGAGCCCACUUGAUCAAAGGCAACUCAAAUAAACCACUGAGUGACAACCAGUGGCACAAUGUCAUAAUCUCCAGGGACACCAACAAUCUCCACACUGUCAAGAUUGAUACCAAGAUAACUACACAGACAACCACAGGAGCUAAAAACCUGGACUUAAAGGGUAACCUUUACAUUGGUGGAGUGGCCAAGGAGAUGUACAAGGAGCUGCCCAAACUGGUGCAUGCCAAGGAAGGUUUUCAGGGUUGCCUGGCAUCAGUCGAUCUAAACGGGCGCCUCCCAGAUUUGAUGUCAGAUGCUCUGGAUUGUGUGGGACAGAUAGAGAGAGGAUGUGAAGGACCCAGCACUACAUGCCAAGAGGACUCAUGUGCCAACCAGGGUGUGUGUCUGCAGCAGUGGGAGGGCUUCAGCUGUGACUGCAGCAUGACAACGUUUGGAGGACCUCUGUGUAACGAUGCGGGAACAACGUACAUAUUUGGGCGAGAUGGUGGACUGAUCACAUACACAUGGCCGCCAAAUGACCGUCCCAGCACGAGGGCGGACCGGCUAGCCAUUGGCUUCAGUACGCACCUGAAGGAUGCUGUCUUGGUGAGGGUGGAUAGCUCCUCUGGACUUGGAGACUUCUUGAAGCUUCACAUUGAAAAAGGAAACAUUGCCGUUGUAUUUAAUGUCGGAACAGAUGACAUUAACAUUGAGGAGACAUCAAAGUUUGUAAAUGACGGAAAGUACCAUAUAGUGAAGUUUACAAGGAGUGGGGGUAAUGCCACUCUGCAGGUGGACGACCUGCCAGUCAUUGAGCGCUACCCCACAGGCAACAAUGAUAACGAACGCCUGGCGAUUGCUAGACAGCGAAUCCCAUACCGACUUGGUCGAGUAGUUGACGAAUGGCUACUCGACAAAGGGCGACAGCUUACAAUCUUCAACAGCCAAACCACUAUACAGAUUGGAGGCUGGGAGCGAGAUCGCAGUCGAUCCUUUCAGGGUCAGCUUUCAGGCCUCUACUAUAACGGCUUAAAGGUGUUCAACAUGGCCGCCGAGGGGGAUCCUAACAUAAAGAUCCAGGGCAGCGUGCGACUCGUCGGGGAGUCACCCUCUUCGAUCACACCACAAUCGAGUACCACAGCUAAUCGCUCCGAGACAUCAACGUCCAUCAUGGAGAUCACCACCACCACUGCAUCCAGCAGGAGAGUCAAGCAGACCACACCACGAGAACCUCAGCAGACAACUGACGACUCUCUGGUUGCUUCGGCCGAGUGUCCAAGCGAUGAUGAGGACAUUGAUCCCUGUGAGCCGAGCUCAGGUGGGUUAGCCAAUCCCACGGGUGCUGGAACAAAGGAUUAUCCGGGCACAUCAGAGGUUUUCCGGGAGUCCAGCAGCACUACGGGGAUGGUGGUUGGCAUUGUAGCAGCCGCCGCGUUGUGUAUUCUCAUCCUGCUUUAUGCUAUGUACAAAUACCGGAACAGAGACGAAGGAUCCUACCAUGUAGACGAGAGUCGAAACUACAUCAGCAACUCUGCACAAUCCAAUGGCACCGUAGUCAAAGAGAAACCAGUCAACACUGCGAAGACCUCUAACAAGAACAAGAAAAACAAGGACAAGGAGUACUAUGUGUGAUUAUUAAAGCUUUGGUCUUCACCAGACCAACUUAAACAUCAGUCAAAAAGACAAAUCAGGACAUAAAAAUGUGUACAGUAUAAUAACAAAGAUGAACAUUAUUUAGUCCUUUUCCUACAAGACAAAACUCUACAAAGUUAAAUAAAAAAAAAAAAAAAAAACUGUCUUUACUCUCAAGCACUUAAGACAGAAAGACACUGUCCAGAAAGAGACUAAUGGGAAAACAGUUCUGGCAAACACCUAAAAAUGGACUAAAUACAUAUCUAACAUGUCAACCAAACAUUAACCCAUCUGUAACUUGUUCCUUGGCCAGGAUGAUGUGAUAAAACUCCCUUGUUUCUGGUAAAUAGAGGAGCACACAUGCACUUUGCAACUGGAGAUUCAGCAUUACAAACCUGACGUUUGCAUUUACAUUGCCUGUGUUUGUGUUGUUGAGACUUUUUCUAGAAAAAAAUGGCACAAUGCAUAGAUAAAUACUUACACAAGUACGCCAAACAUUUACUAUGGAUGGAGAGGGGGGAAAAAAAUCAACAACAACAAAAAAUAUAAAUAAAUAAACAGGUGGAAGUGGAUCCAGGGAUUCAGAAAUCAGCCGAAGUACUCACUGAUAAGGCUCUGAAGUCUGGCAAAGACUAGCACCUGGUUGGCUGAGCAGCUGCAGUGCAAAGAUUGAAACAAUCUCUCAUGAAAGACUUUGAUUUAAAAAGAAUAUGUCAAUUGUGCCAGUAAGAAAUGUGGAGGCCUACGCUUUCACAUUGUGCGAUCUCAAAGGAGGAAGCUUCCUCAGAAUCCUGGGGAUGUCUCAAAAAGUGUCAUUUGGGAGCCAUGCACGCAAAAUUAUCUUAUUACAGUACAUAUGUUUAUAUACAGUACAACCACAUCUAUAUGUGCUUUCUGGACUGUGACAAAGUGGUGUUUUAUAGCCUGUUGUAUAGAUGAUGCAAACUAUAACUGCUCCUCAACCAUUUUUGGAAAAAAAAAUGUAAAAAAGACAAAAAGAAGACGUAAAUGUUAAAAAAAAAAAGUGUUGCUAGACAUAGAAGAUUUUAUGAGGACAUGCUCUGUUUUUCGGUUGGAUAAUAAUUUGACCCCCACCUUCCUGUUUUUACAUGUGUUCCUAUAUAGUUUUUAUACAAAUGCCAACCUGAGAUAGAUGAUCCUGGACCAGUUAUAGCCUAUCCGUUUCCCAACAAACACUACACAAGGUGUUGACAAUGGAGAUGUGUGUCGUCACAACUUGUGUGGCUCUCUUUUAAGGAAUCACUGCCUUCCUCCUCAACCCCUGACUUACACGAGUGGGUAUGAAGACCAAGAAUAUGAGUGAUGAUGACGGAUGAAGACGAUGACUAGGAUAAAUUAACUCGCUGUGUGUUUUUUCCAAGUGGUAUUAUAAGACUGUCCAAAUGUGUGCUUGGGCUGAUGCAAAAACCCUGUGGAGAGUAGCUCAAAUAAGUCUCCAUUUCAACUGUUCUGUGUUUGUUCUGUCAUUCUGUCUGUCAGUUCUGCUUUCCAGAGACCUGUACUUGGAAUGAGUAUGAGGAAAAAUGACCAUGAACUAUAAAUGAUGAUUAUAAA